UGUCUUGGCGACCCGCAGGUGAGCGGCCAAGCCGCGCGUGGCCCCCGCCUGGCCGAGAGGAGGCGGUUGCCAAGGCGACGUGGGUCGGAGGAGGAGACGAGCUUGGAGGGAGGAGGAAGGAUGGGCGGCCUCGGCGUCGCAGCAGGGAGGUGACUGAAGAGAGCCCAGCCCCGCACACCCACCCCCUGCCAGCUUCCCUCCCCUUCCCCCGCCUCUGCCCGCAGAAGCAGCAGCCGCUGCACCUGAGCCGCCGCCUCCUGUCGCUCGCCGGCUAGCUCCGGACGACGCGAUGGCUGAGCCUGGGCGCAGCCUCCAUCACCCCGCCCCCGCCCGCGCCCGCGCCCGGGGGAGACCUGAGCGGUGCCCACGCCUCCUGCGGCUGCUGCUCUGGGCUGGGACCGCCCUCCAGGUGGCCCGGGCCACCGGGCAGGAGCUCCACGCCUGCAAAGAGUCUGAGUACCACUAUGAGUACACUGCGUGUGACAGCACAGGUUCCAGGUGGAGGGUUGCUGUGCCGCACACACCAGGCCUGUGCACCAGCCUCCCUGACCCUGUCAAGGGCACCGAAUGCUCCUUCUCUUGCAAAGCCGGGGAGUAUCUGGACAUGAAGGACCAGUCGUGUAAGCCCUGUGCUGAGGGCCGCUACUCCCUAGGCACAGGCAUCCGGUUUGACGAGUGGGAUGAGCUGCCCCAUGGCUUUGCCAGCCUCUCCACCAACAUGGAGAUUGAGGACAACACUGCUGAGUCCACUGAGAACUGCACAGCGUCCAAGUGGGUUCCUCGGGGCGACUACAUCUCCUCCAACACAGACGAAUGCACAGCCACGCUCAUGUAUGCUGUCAACCUGAAGCAAUCGGGCACCGUCAACUUUGAGUACUACUACCCUGACUCCAGCAUCAUCUUUGAGUUUUUUGUGCAGAAUGACCAGUGCCAACCCAAUGCAGAUGACUCCAGAUGGAUGAAGACCACAGAGAAAGGAUGGGAAUUCCAUAGUGUUGAGUUAAAUAGAGGCAACAAUGUCCUCUAUUGGAGAACUACGGCCUUCUCAGUGUGGUCCAAAGUUUCCAAGCCUGUGCUGGUGAGAAACAUCGCCAUAACAGGGGUGGCCUACACUUCCGAAUGCUUCCCCUGCAAACCAGGCACAUAUGCGGACAAGCAGGGGUCCUCUUUCUGCAAACUUUGCCCAGCCAACUCUUACUCCAACAAGGGAGAAACAUCUUGCCACCAGUGUGACCCUGACAGAUACUCAGAAAAAGGAUCCCCCUCCUGCAAAGUACGCCCAGCCUGCACAGACAAAGAUUACUUCUACACACACACAGCCUGUGAUGCCAACGGAGAGACACAGCUCAUGUACAAGUGGGCACAGCCCAAGAUCUGUGGGGAGGACCUGCAGGGAGCAGUGAAGUUGCCAGCCUCUGGUGUGAAGACCCGCUGCCCUCCGUGCAAUCCCGGCUUCUUCAAAACCAGCAACAGUACCUGCGAGCCCUGCCCUUAUGGCUCUUACUCCAAUGGCUCUGAUUGUAGCCACUGCCCAGCUGGGACUGAACCUGCCAUGGGAUUCGAAUAUAAGUGGUGGAACACGCUGCCCACAAACAUGGAGACUACAGUUCUCAGUGGGGUCAACUUUGAGUACAAGGGCAUGACGGGCUGGGAAGUGGCUGGUGAUCACAUUUACACAGCGGUUGGUGCUUCAGACAAUGACUUUAUGAUUCUCACUUUGGUGGUGCCAGGAUUUAGGCCCCUGCCAUCAGUGGUGGCAGACACAGAGAACAAAGAGGUGGCCAGGAUCACAUUUGUUUUUGAGACCGUCUGUUCUGUGAACUGUGAGCUCUACUUCAUGGUGGGUGUGAAUUCCAGGACUAAUACUCCCGUGGAGACGUGGAAAGGGAGCAAAGGCAAACAGUCCUAUACCUACAUCAUUGAGGAGAAUGCUACUAUGAGCUUCACCUGGGCCUUCCAGAGGACAACUUUACAUGAGACAGGCAGGAAGUACACCAGUGAUGUCGCCAAGAUCUACUCCAUCAAUAUCACCAAUGUCAUGGAUGGGGUGGCCUCCUACUGCCGCCCCUGUGCCCUAGAAGCCUCUGAUGUAGGCUCUUCAUGCACCUCUUGUCCUGCUGGCUACUACAUUGACCGGGAUUCGGGGACCUGCCACUCCUGCCCCCCUAACACCAUCCUGAAAGCUCACCAGCCUUAUGGUGCCCAGGCCUGCACGCCCUGUGGUCCCGGGACCAAGAGCAACAAGAUCCACUCUCUGUGCUACAAUGACUGUACUUUCUCAGUCAAGACUGCCACCAGGACAUUUGACUACAACUUCUUGGCCUUAUCUAAUACCGCCUCUCUGGCUGGAGGGCCCAGCUUCACUUCCAAAGGGCUGAAGUAUUUCCAUCACUUUAUCUUCAGUCUCUGCGGGAACCAGGGUAAAAAAAUGUCCGUGUGUACUGACAACGUCACUGACCUCCGAGUUCCUGAGGGUGAGUCGAGUUUCUCCAAAUCCAUCGUAGCCUACGUCUGCCAGGCAGUCAUCAUUCCCCCGGAGGUGACAGGCUACAAGGCUGGGGUGUCCUCGCAGCCUGUCAGCCUCGCUGACCGACUUAUUGGGGUGACAACAGAUAUAACUCUGGAUGGAAUCACCUCCUCAGCUGAACUUUUCCACCCGGAGUCCUUGGGAAUCCCGGACGUGAUCUUCUUUUAUAGAUCCAACGAUGUGACCCAGUCCUGCAGUUCUGGGAGAUCAACCACAAUCCGAGUCAGAUGUAGGCCACUGAAACCUGCUCCUGGAAGUCUGUCACUGCCAAGCACAUGCUCAGAUGGGACCUGUGAUGGCUGUAAUUUCCACUUCCUGUGGGAGAGCGCAGCUGCUUGCCCGCUCUGCUCCACUGUGGACUACCAUGCCAUCAGCAGCAGCUGUGUGGCUGGGAUCCAGAAGACUACUUACGUGUGGCGAGAACCAAAGCAAUGCAUCGGUGGCAUCUCCCUGCCUGAGCAGAGAGUCACCAUCUGCAAGACAAUAGAUUUCUGGCUGAAAGUGGGCAUCUCUGCUGGAACUUGUACUGCCAUCCUGCUCACCGUCUUGACUUGCUACUUUUGGAAGAAGAAUCAGAAACUGGAAUAUAAGUACUCCAAACUGGUGAUGAAUGCAACCCUCAAGGACUGCGACCUGCCAGCAGCUGACAGCUGUGCCAUCAUGGAAGGCGAGGAUGUGGAAGAUGACCUCAUCUUUACCAGCAAGAAGUCACUCUUUGGGAAGAUCAGAUCAUUUACCUCCAAGCAGCCAGCUCCUGUCACCAUCUCUCUUUCAGAGGACUCCUGAUGGAUUCGACUCGGUGCCACUGAAGUCGUCCUCAGGAGGCCCCGACAUGGACCUGUAAGAGGCACUGCCCUCCUGGCCUGCCUCCCAGCCUUGGCACAUCACCUGGCAAGCCUGUGGCCAUCUGGGUACCAUCUUCCUGCAACACCCACUGCUGGGAAUCUCUUCAUUGUGGCCUUAUCAGAAGAUGUUUGAUCUUUGGGGGUUUCUUGUUAUUUUUUUUUAUAGAAUCCCCAGACCCUUCUUUAUGCUUGCCUUGAACCUGCCAAAUACACCCACACUUUGUAUAUUA